GUGAGAUUCAAUCUCGUCUCAGAUGGAGACAAUUUUCCACUGACUUCAGAAUUCCCAGUGAAUUUGCCAUCUCAGAUCCCAGCAUCAGCUCUCUUUCGUCAUCAGGAUCUUGUGUCAGCAUGUUCUUCUCCACCGCCUCCAAUUUCUAAUAUUGCAGCUUGUAAUUCCUUCCAUAAUGUUCCCUCCACUUCCAUCCCUGCCGCUAUUCCAAUGUGCAAGGAGCCCGUCUCUACUACUUCAUCGACCAAUGCUUAUUAUGCCUACCGAAUGGUGUUUACAGGAUCAGGAGGUGUCUCGGAUCGCGAAAUGCCUCAAAUUAGGUCUGAUGACACCUACUAUCUGCUCUCACCUUCUCCAUGUCUGGGCACAACAGCCACAUCUGUCGCUUCCAUUAAAAUCCCUAUUCAAUCCUCCUUAAGCUCAAUAUUCGGUGGUAGAGUGGACAAAAGUUGCAUCCCAAUACUCCCCAAAACUGAAAUCGUCUCUAGUUUCAAACACAACUCUCCGGUGGCUAGGGCUGAUCUUGGGCUUGAAGACUGGAGGCUGAAUCAGCCCCAAGGGCCUAUUUACACCAAAUUGCCUCCUGAAAAAGUCUACGCUGAUGUUGAUCUAGUAGAGAAAACAGAUAGACAAAGGAAGGCAGAAACAAAUGUGAAUAUGAGAAUAGAUGGUGUGACCAUUCCUGAUCAAGCCCCUUCAUCAUAUAUGCCUUCCAGAACGGUAAUUACAAUAUUUCCUUGUCUGUUAUGA